AUGCUUUCGAUGUGGAAAAACUGGACACAUUGCAAGAUUUUGCUCCUUGCAACAGGGAAACGCAAGUGGGAAACCUCCAGCGCCAGCUGUUUCCCUCGACAACUAACGGCACUUCCGAUAUGCAGUGUGCAUGUGAACACAUAUGCAGGAAAAGCACUGGUUGAUAGUGGAUGUACUCGAACCAUUAUUUCAAAAAAAAUGGCUCAAAAUUCAGGUGUUUGCGUCAAAAGAAACGAAUUCAUGGUACUAGCUGUAAAUGGAGAACUCGUGAAAACAGUGGGAGAUGUUGAGAUGGUGUUGAUGCUGUUAUUGGUAUGGAUAUUAUUAAUCGUUGUGGAGGAGUGCACCUAUACAAUGGAAAAAUUGAAUUUUGUUUCAAUUCACACAGAAAAACAAUUUGUUGAUAUAAAGGACAAGGACUUUGACGCUAAUUUCGAUGGCAUGAAAUGGACUGCUAAAUAUAAAUGGAAACAAGAUGAACCACAACUGAAGAACUUUGUCACGCAGUACAAAGUAAAACCCAAGUUGAUACAUCAAUUUAACGAAGAGAUGGACUUAUGGGUGGAAAAUGGUUGGCUGAAAGCAUGUAAAAUAGGUGAAAAUAAUAAAAAAGGGAUUGUCCCUUUAAUGGCAGUUAAACAAAAAAAUAAAGGGAAGAUACAACCUGUCUUGGAUUUUUGCAAAUUGAACCAAUACGUUAAUUCACAUAACGCUUCAAGUGAUGCCUGCGAUGAAACAUUGAAGAGAUGGAGAAGAAUUGGUGACAAAUUUGCACUGCUUGAUCUCAGAUGCGCCUACAUGCAAAUACACAUUGAUCCGGUUUUGUGGAAGAAUCAGAGGGUAGUAUUGCAUCUACAAAGAGAUGCAAUACCAUCUUACACGACUCGGAUUUGGGUUAAAUUCUGCACCAAAGAUUAUGUCGUCAAUCUUAGACAAAAGCCGGAAGAAUGUGAUGGUGCACAAGUUUUGGAUUUGCAAAUAUUCACAAACGAUAAAAAAGUGCUUUGUUGGAAACGCGGCAAUAUCAUUCCAAAGUCAGAAGACAUCGAAAAUGAAAAAGUUACACGUCGGAGAUUGUUUUCAAUAUGUGGUCACUUGAUUGGACACUAUCCGAUUGGAAACUGGCUCAGAAUUGCCUGCAGUUUUACAAAACGUUAUAGUCAAGGAGAUGCUUGGGAUGACCUAAUAGGAGAUCAAGCACAGUCAUGGUUGGUCGAAAUAUUGUGCCGUUUGGAAGCUAGUGAUCCUGUAAAAGGGACAUGGAAUGCUGAUGGUAUUCAAAAUAGAGCAAUAUUGUGGUGUGAUGCUAGUAGUAUUGCAAUGGGUGUUGCAAUCGAAUAUAACCGCGUAAUAGUUGAGGAUGCAGCAUGGCUACGAAGUACAAAUGAUGUCAUGCAUAUUAAUAUGGCUGAAUUAGAUGCUGUGGUGCGUGGAAUAAACCUAGCUGUUAAGUGGGAUAUCAAGAACCUAUCGAUAUUUAUUGACUCGGUAACUGUUCAUAAAUGGUUAAAAAACGUGCUGACUGAAAGUCAUAGGGUUCGGUCAAAUGGACUAUCAGAAAUGCUAAUCAAACGAAGACUUUCAUUAUUGCGUGAUUUAAUAAAGGAAUACAGUAUGAACAUCAUAGUGAAGUGGGUUCCGUCUUCUAAAAAUAAAGCAGAUGUAUUAACAAGAGUUUCAAAAAAGUGGUUAAAUGAAAUUUCACGAAAAAAUGUUAAAGAAUUAUGUGGGGUAAAUAUUGCCGAUGAAAUUCGUAAAUGUCACUCGAAACAUCAUUUUGGCGUUAAUCAAACAAUGUUUACAAUACAACAAAGAAUCCCGCAAGUGUCGAGAAAGUGUCGAGACAGUGUGCGCAAAUGUCGUUAA